UUUGUGUCAGGCAGAGCUCCUUGUAUGAAAUUUACAGAUUCCCAGAGUUGGAAGGGACUUUGCAAGUCAUCUAGUCCAACCCCCCACUUGCCCAAGCAGGAGACCCUACAUCUGCCUGUACCUAGGAUUGAACUCACAACCUCCUGAUUGUGAGGCAAGAGCUCCACCUCUAGGCCAAAUCAGCUUGUUUUGCCUGGGAUUUGAGGUGCUACAGUCAAGGAACUUCUUGUGGCGUGUGCCCUCUGUCCUUCUCUUUCCCGGAUAGCUCAGCAUGAUGGAAAUGGGUUCUCUGAGUGCGAGACUCUUGACAGGCAGAGCUGCAUGUGAUGGGAAAUGAGAGGAACGUUUGAUUAUUUGCAAGAAGUGCUACAUAUCCCACUUAAGGCCGUGUAGGAAUGUGAUCCAGUCCUCUCUAAGGAGUCUGGGGAUUUGGGGGCAGAGAUCAACUGCACUUUGCCUUGAUCCCUCUGAGAAUGACUCCUGAUAGAAAAACAAGCAUUUAUAUGCACCAAACGGCCUGGUUGGGGAAUUCUACGUGUGGAUGUCUAUCCAGCUGAAAAGUCUCCAAGUUUAGAAAAAAACAACAACCACUUGUUUUUUUUACAGGAUCUGCCCCAGUAUUUGCAAAGAACGAAAAAGUUUCUUUUUCCUGUAAAUCAGCUGCUUUAAAUCCUGACCCCUGUAGGAAGUUCGGAUUUGGUGGGCAGGAUUUCAGUCAUGCAAAAAUGGGAGGAACGUUUUAGGAGCUUAAGGGUAUAUCAGAGAGGUGCAGUCCUUUUGACCUGUGGAGUCUGGCUGUUUUUGCAAAGAGAUCCACCCCAGCCUGCUUAGAGACCUUUGAGAAUUACUUCUUUGAAAGAAGCAAAUAACCAGCGCAGAACAAAAAGCAACUAUGGGCAAUAUAUUUCUAAUAGACGAUGUAAGAACAGAAUUUGAAGAUUUAAAGAGUGAUUUGAAUCGAGGAAAAAUCCCCGAAGCAGCAGCUGAAUACCGAGGAUAUGUAAAUGAAAUGCAAAACCUGCCACUCAAUAUUGCAGUUGUUGGAAAGGCAGGUGCUGGGAAAUCCUCCUUCAUUAAUGCCUUCUGGGGCAUAAAUGAUGAUGAUGAUGAUGAAGCAGCCGAGGUCUGGACAGUAGAGGAAACCAAAGUACCCAAGGCACAUCCCCACCCCUCUUUUCCCAACAUAACGAUAUGGGAGCUACCAGAGAUCAGAGAGCGUAAUUCUAAGGCAGCUGAAUAUUUUAAGAAGGUCCAGUUUGAAAGAUACGAUGUCUUUAUUAUGCUUGUCACCGACCGCUUUACUGAAAAUGAUGCUUUCCUGGCAAAGGAAAUACAAAGAAUGAGGAAGAAGUUUUAUUAUGUGCGUUCUAAAAUAGAUCUCAGUAUCGAAAGUGAAAAGAGGAAAAGGAAUUUCAAGAUGGAGAAAACCCUGGAGACCAUCAGGAAUUAUUGUGAAGAUAAUUUGAAAGAGUCAGCUGAGCUCCCUGAGAAGGUAUUUCUGGUAUCCAACCUGCAUGUACAUAUGUAUGAAUUCCCUCUCCUGAGAGACAAAAUGGCCGCCGAACUUCCUGAUUACAAGAAACACAUUUUAACUCUGGCUGGGCAGGUUUUGUCAGAGAAUAAUUUGAUGGACAAAAAGAUUAAAAUGAAACCAUACAUAAAGAAGUUAGCGUUGGUAUCUUGCGUUUGUGGAGCAGUUCCUGUUGUGGGUGUCUCUCUACCUUGUGAUAUUGGAGUCCUGAUGGUUGCACUGAAAUGUUUCCGGAAGGUGUUUGCCUUAGACCAGAGCUCCCUCCGCUUUCUGGCACUUCAGACGGGAAAAGGCUUUGAAGAGCUGAGAUUGGGGAUCCAGGAAAGGCCAUUAGUCAGUACCGUCAAUGCACAGUUGGUACUUUCUCUCCUGAUGAAGUCUGCUCUCUGGAUGAUGCCAUCGUCUGUGAAAUACCUGUGGAUGGUGUUUGGUGGAGUGAGUUCAUUUGCUUUUACGUAUUAUUUCCUGAACAAAUUUCUUGACAAUGCAGUGGAGGACGCCCAAAAAGUUCGAGCAAAGCUUCUUGACUGAUGAAAAUCCCAGUGAAAGAUCCAAGGAGCCAUCCAGCCCCCUUUGAAGGAGAGCAUUUCUUCCAAAUGAGAACAGGGGAGAAGAAAAUAAUAAUAUAUUUCAAUGUCUACUAAGAAUCCUUUUUUUCCAAUCACCUGCUUUUUUCCUGCUUUUUAAAAAAUUAUUCUCCAGCUGAAGUAUGUGCUUGAUCUCCCUAAGAGGAAAUAAGUAUCUCUGUCAAUAGAUGGUUUUAGGGGAAAUUGCAAACUAAAUGCUUCUCUCUAUUGUUUCAGGUAAUGGUUUUCUUUUCCUGAUUUUCUUUCUUUCUUUCUUUCUUUCUUUCUUUCUUUCUUUCUUUCUUUCUUUCUUCCUUCCUUCCUUCCUUCCUUCCUUCCUUCCUUCCUUCCUCCCUCCCUCCCUCCCUCCCUCCCUCCCUCCCUCCCUCCCUCCCUCCCUCCCUCUCUCUCUUUCUUUCUUUCUUUCUUUCUUUCUUUCUUUCUUUCUUUCUAGUUUAACAAUUAUAAAUAAAAUGGUGAUUUUGCUCUUAAACUCAACAAUUCACUAACUGUUUUUAAGUCUACAUCUUCAAGUUGCCAAGGUUGAAAAACACUUUCCUGGUCACUCACAACUCUGGCUUUAUUCAGUUGAAAUGAAGUGCUCUGAAGAACGGAAGAAGACACCUAAAAAACAAAAACAGGUUUGGGUUAAAAGUGGAAAACACGGGACAGGAAUGGAGGGGUGUGUAGAAGGAUGAACUGCCAGAAGAGAAGAGAAGCGUCCUGUACAAAUGACAAGGGCGGAGUUUAUUUUUCCUUGGUCUCACUGCUGGCUAGAGAAUUACAGAGGAAAAAAGACAACCCCCCCUUCAAAUGGCUUCCAAUUCAUCAUGUGGGCUUUGCCGGCAUACAGUAUAAAAGAAGUCAGAGCAGGAGAGGGAGAUACAGUGAUGGUGUAUUUUGUAGGUUUGGCAGGAAGCAUUCAUGGAAUGAAAGACCCUGGAGGAGAUGUGGGCCAGAGGAAUAGCAGCUGGAGGGGCCCAGGACCAGACCAUCCACACAGGCAAUGUAGAAACCAAAUAUUCACCCCAGAGACUGAAGGAAGAUUUCAAUUUGGGUUUAUUUUUCUACAGCUGCAGGGUUGGUCUCUGUCCUCCAAGCAUGCGCAGAGUUCCAGUCCUUUAAUUGUAUAUCAAACAUUUAGAAAUCUUAACUAUAAUAGCAGAAGCAGACAGAUUUUUAUAAAAACCUCAUGAACCGGGAGUAUAAUGUACACAGACGAUGGCAUUUAAUUUCGUUGUAUGAGGUGCAAUGACAAUAAACUAAACUAUAUGCUUAUA